AUGGCUUUGAUACAGGGUCUUCAUAACCUGGGGAAGAUGACCCCGCUAGUUUUUAAGAAGCACUUAGAAAGAAACGUGGUGUUUAAGUGUAGAAGACAUGUACAUAGCUCCUGUGCUCUGACAGCCAAACUCAAGGAUCCACCAAGUGUGAAGAAACCUCCAGAUGGCCUCCCGGUCUUCCAGUACAUCGGGAAGCAAACCAAGAGGGUGAACAAGGUCUUCGUCUGGGGAAACGCGGCAACGGGCGCGUUGGGCAUCCCCGACUUUCUCGACCCACCUCCGAGAAAACAUCCCAGGAUGCAACAGAGCGUGCCUUACUGCUUGCAAGACUUUUCGCAAGAAGCGCGGACCGCCUCUUGCGGGUAUGGUUUCACCGUUCUCACGAGUUCGAAAGAGAAGGGGAAGGUGUGGGGUACGGGUGUGAACACGGAAUCGCAGCUAGGGCUACAGAAGGCUGUUAGAACUACCCACGAAGGCGCGAGAACUGUUAUCUUAGACUAUGUGAUCGCGCCUGCACCCGUCGACCUGCCUCUGACGAACCCUCAGGAGACCCAGGUGCUUCAGGUGGCCUGCGGUCGGGCGCACACCUUGAUCUUGACUGACGGAGAAGGCGUGUUUUCCCUCGGGAACAACGCGUACGGCCAGUGCGGCCGUCCCGUGGUGGAAAACGAAGAAUACAGAGGCAGCUCGCAAGUCAACAGGGUUAGGAUAGACGGAAAAGUGAAACAGAUGGCCGCAGGACUUGACCACAGCUUGUUUCUGACAGAAGAAGGUGAGGUUUACAGCUGUGGAUGGGGUGCUGACGGUCAGACAGGCCUGGGACACUACAAGAGCGAGCACCGACCUACCAAACUCCUUGGUGACAUCGAGGGAGAAAAAAUCACGCAGGUCGCAACUUUUGCCGACUGCUGCCUCGCUGUGUCCGAGAAGGGGGACCUUUUUGGCUGGGGGAACUCGGAAUACAACCAACUCGCAUCGGUAACGGAGACUACGCAGGUUAACGUACCAAGGCUCUUGCCGUUCGACUACGUCGGGAAAGCAGUACAGGUAGCGGUAGGGGGGACGAUAUGUGCCGUUCUAAACGACCAGGGUCAGGUGUAUGUAUGGGGUUACGGGAUACUCGGCAAAGGUCCCAACUUGGAGGAGACCCCCAUCCCUGAGCAGCUACCGGAGGCGCUGUUCGGACAGAACGAUUUCAGUCCUGACGUCGCGGUGAAAGAGAUAAAGUCGGGACUGAACAGUUUCGCGGCAGUUACGACGAGCGGGGACUUGUACACGUGGGGGGUGAACAAAUACGGGUGUCUGGGACUAGGACACCUGAACGAUCAGUACUUCCCGUGGAGAGUUUCCUUACCCGGAAAUGUCAUUACCGUAGACUGUGGGGUGGAUCAUAUGGUUGCUGUCAUCAAGUCACUUUUGUAAGAUGUGAUUAAAAGCACAGAGUAAUUCAUCCUGUUGUCAUCUUAUUACACAUUUACAGCUAGUAGGUAUGCAUCUGAGUAAUGAAGCUGUUAUAAUGUACUCAAGUCACCUCCAUUUUACAUCCCUUUGUAAAGACAGUGCAACUCUAACCAGGAUAACAUUCCUCCUAAAUUAAACUGGGGUCUCACAGUUACCAACUACUAGUAAUAUUGAAACCAGAAUCUUCACUACCAACUGAGCUAUAUGGACAUCCCAUGAAUGAGACAA